UUCAGUUAAGUUAAAAAUGUCGGUUUAUUAUUUAUUUUACGUUAUAUUGUUUUGUAUAAUCGUAUUAUCAAUUUGUAUGACGGCUAUUGAAAAAUUUCGAUUAAUUUUCAAAAGUUCGAAUAGCGAAUCACGGAAAAAUCGUUUACCAGUCGUUGUAACACCCACCGGUAAAAAAAUAACUAAUCUUGAAGAAUUAGAAUCACAUUUGAAUUAUCUCGCUUCCAAAAUCGAGGAAAACAAAGACGAUUGGGCUUCUUCCGAGAUCGAAUUGAAUAAUAUCGAAGAAAAAGAAUUAUAAGUAUUGAUUUCGAUUAUAUAAAUUAAUACUAACCUUAACGACUAAAGAUAUAACGAGUUUAUUGAAAAAAUAAAACGCGAACGUCGCUGUCAACCUGUCAUGAUUUUUGUUAAAUUUCGCGAAUGUUAAUUUUGAAAAUUUCCCGUUCGGUACUGAAAAAAUGUUACUACUAGCAGUUCCUUUAUUCAUCGGCACAUUCUUUUUUGCUCUGGUUAUAUUCGUAGUAUUCACCGAUUUUAGAAAUUCAAAAUCGAUUAAAUCACCCAAAAUCACCGAAUUGCCGUUAAUAACGCAAACUGGUCAAAUCAUCAACACCGUCGAAGACUUGGACAUGCACAUCGAAUUGCUGACGAGUCAAAUCGAUGAAAAAGAAAAAGAAGUAGAAGGUUUGAAAACCCAACUAGAGGCAACCGAAGAAAAUCUUAAAAGAUUAUCCGAUACAACAAAUGAGGUUAGAAAAUAUUAUAUGAAAAUCAAAUCUGAUAUAAAUAAAAACGAGGUUGAAUGUAAAGAAUUGCAUAAUCAAAUGGAAGAUUGUUUGGAUAGACAGUUGCGUUUACGCGAAGAAGUCAAUGAAAAUGUUAAAUAUUUCUCUUCACUUUUGGGUAAUAUGGAAAGCUCCGGUGAUCGACAGGACAUAGACAAGGAUUACGAAAUGGUUUCGGCAAAUUUUGUUAAUCCUUGUAAGAAAAAAAUGAGUUUCUAUAAAUAACAUCAUUUCUAAACUAGUUUAAACUUAAUUGAAUCGUCGAAAUUUCAUACAAUAUAUAUAUAUAUAGAGAGAAGAAAAAUGUUUUCUUUCAGUAUUUGUCCACAAAAUCCAUAUUUUUAUAGUCAUUAUAUAUUUUUUUUUAAUAAACAAUCUUUAUCCAAC